UAGGCGCGAAUCGAACUCGCACGGUGCGGGUUGCUGCACGGUGCAACUAUAUGUCAACGUUAUGUCAUGACGAACUGUAAUGUAGUUACUUUCAUUGACUAAAAUGUAUCAAAAACUUACAAGGUGGAGGCACUUUUUAGUUGUUUGUGUUGGCAGUAGUAGUCAUUUCUUAUAGAAGUGGCUGAUACAAAGUGUAAACGACGGUCCACAGAUGUUCUCACCGUCAACUUUCUUGCGACGUCUAGGAUCCGUUGUUCACAGAAGGCUCCGUUUGGAUUCGCUUGCCCCGUAGAGCUGUUUCCUCAGACGGGUUGCUUUGUCGCGGACGGCGACUAUGCGAACGAACGACUGACCGAUUAAAUUAAACUCAGUGCUCAUCGAUAUUUUUUCAACAGACCAAUGAAUAUGUCAUCACAGGCUAAAUUCGAUGAGCGAGACCAGUCCGGACGAAAGGGUGCCGCCUCCUCCUUAUCGGCUGCAACAUCUGGCGGACGCGCGCCCCGCGUCAUGUACCUUGUCUUUAACUCGCUAAUCUUUGAUCUUCUUGGCUUCACCAUGAUCUUGCCACUCCUGCCAUCGCUCCUUGAUUACUACCGUAAACAAGACGGCAGUCCUCUUUAUGCCUGGAUGGAGAGCGUCGCAGGAACCUGGCGUCGCACCUUUCUCGUCUCCACCACCGAAGACGAAGUCAGCGAUAUCGUUCUUAUAGGCGGCCUGCUCGGAUCAAUCUUUUCUCUGCUACAGUUCGCUACAUCCCCGAUCGUAGGUGCUCUAUCGGAUGUAUAUGGGCGCAAACCUCUUCUGUUACUUAGCAACCUGGGUUCCCUAGCAUGCUAUGUUCUUUGGUCGGCGUCAUCGAAUUUCGAAAUGUUCGUCGCUUCACGCAUUAUCGGAGGUGUAAGCCGCGGCAGCGUAUCCAUUUGUACGACGAUAGUGGCUGAUGUUUGUUCACCCCAAGUUCGAGCCAAAGGAAUGGCCUUGGUUGGUGCAGCGUUUUCGGUUGGCUUUCUUAUCGGCCCGGUGAUUGGUGCAAUGAUGGCAAGAUCCUCCGAUUUCUGGGUGACUCCGGCCCUGUUGGCAAUAGGAAGCACAUCUCUUAACAUGCUUAUCAUAGUGGUGCUCUUCAGCGAGAGCUUGCCAGCUUCAAGCCGCUCUGGAAGUAUUCGACACAGCAUGGCCACAGCUCUCGACUACAUCAACCCCCACUCAUUAUUCACGUUUAAACCAGUGCAAAAGCUGAAUGCGCGAGACAAGGCACACCUAACAAUGACAGGCUUUGUUUAUUUUACAUACCUGCUGAUCUACUCCGGCUUGGAAUACACCAUUUCCUUCCUGACCCACUCGCGUUUUGAUUAUUCGCGAAUGGACCAAGGGAAAAUGUAUUUCACUAUUGGACUCGUCAUGGUUAUUAUUCAGGGAGGCUUCGUUCGACGAAUUCCACCUCGCCUCGAAUUGAAGGCUGCAUAUUAUGCCAUUGGCUUAUUAAUACCGUGCUUCUCGAUUAUUGCCAUAGCACAAUCGACGCUUGUCCUGUAUGUAGGCAUCCUGCUAUAUGCUUUGUCGACAGCGUUCGUUGUUCCCUGUUUGACAUCCCAUGUAUCCCGCAUAGGAUCACGCGAUCAAAAGGGCACUAUCAUUGGGAUUCUGCGAUCAAUCGGAGCUCUAAGUCGUGCUCUAGGUCCACUUGUGUUUUCCACAAUCUAUUGGUCUCGAGGAGCGUCGUUUUGCUAUCUACUUGGUUCGCAGCUUUUUAUCAUUCCGCUUUUCUGUAUCCGCUCGAAGCUCUUAUCAUCAAUAAAAGAAGAUUAAUUAGAAUAGGUAAUAUAUAAAGUAUUUGAUAUUUCUAUUAUUGUUGCUGUUAUAUAUGACACGUACUUACCUCUUCAACAUCACAAGUAUUUGAAAACAGAUUAACUCGUAGUGUCGAUCUAACCAAAAGUCAAUGUAAUAGGUUUCUUAUAUUAUUUUCUUUUUUAUAUACAUCGAUCUAUAUAUUUCGCCCUCAUAGCUUGAAUAAUAUACUAAAUUUCCGCUGUAAAUAAUGUAUACAAACCAUACAAAGUCGAAAUGCGAUUAAAUAUAGCUAUGAUCGAUUUUUGAUACCUAAUUAAACGAAUUUCAUCCAAUUGUCUGCGUAUUAAAAAAGAGGUAUAAAUGCGAUGCGUUAUCUGCUAAAAAUAAAAGCAUAGCGGAAAUGUAUAUUUGCGCGUCUUUCGAUCGAACGUAACCUCUCAGUAGACUUACGUAUGCACUGAAAUCAUUAAAUUGACAAGCAGAACUUAAUAGUAGUGAUAUUACAUUGCAGUUUUUAUAUAGAGUUUUAAUAAUCGUAAAUGCAAAUAUAAUAAGAUAAUAAUAAAAGAAACGCUUAGGGAUAAUGUUCGAUAACGGGUAAAAUACCUGCAAAUCUCUCAAAACCUUUUGUUUUAUAACUAACAAAUGUACAUUGUACUUCUUACAAACCGCACUACAAAGGAAUAAUAAUGUGGUGAACAGGCGAGUUUCAGGAACGAACCGACAUGCCUGAAGUUGUACCAUUACAAAGACAUUUACUAUUAGCAAUGAAAAUUUCAGCUUCGCAAAUAUCAAUGCAUCACUGACGUCUUCAUGUAUCAAAUAAGUACGGCUCAUAAAGGCCUGCAUCAAGAGCUAACAAAAACAGAUGGUUCUAUCAACCGUCAAACGGAAUAAAAUUAUAAGUUCGUUUGCUU